AUGUCAAGCCCUCAAGCACCACCACCUUCAUGGGAUAGUCCUCCAAGACUAUCCUCUUUGAAGACAAAGAAGAAACUUCUUCCUUACCUUGAAGCAGCCGACCUGGAGACGUCUAGCCAAGCCGCAUCUUACAGAGAAGAACACCUUCUAGCCACACCAGAAGAGGAGAUUGACCCUGAGCUGAUCGAGUUCGUGAAGAGAGAUCAAUUCCAUGAUCUGUUUUCAGACACAUCACUAGCUGGACCAGCACUAGAUUGGGCGCAGCAUGAACCACCCUCUACAAUCGAGUCAUGGAUCGAUUUUAGAGAAGCUUUCUUGGAAAGGUUUGCAAAGAAGCCACCUUUCAAAUCCAAGUACUACCACUACUCUCAUCAGCUGGAAGAGAGCGUGAUGAAGAAGAAUGGGGAGGCAUACCACCCCAUCCUGAAGUUUUGA